AUGGUCCGCUUCGGGGACGAGCUGGGCGGCCGCUAUGGGGGCACCGGCGGCGGGGAGCGGGCUCGGGGCGGCGGGGCCGGCGGGGCGGGUGGCCCGGGCCAGGGGGGUCUGCCGCCGGGCCAGCGGGUCCUGUACAAGCAGUCCAUUGCGCAGCGCGCACGGACCAUGGCCCUGUACAACCCCAUCCCAGUCAAGCAGAACUGCUUCACCGUCAACCGUUCGCUCUUCGUCUUCAGCGAGGACAACGUCGUCCGCAAAUACGCUAAGCGUAUCACCGAAUGGCCGCCCUUCGAAUACAUGAUCCUGGCCACCAUCAUCGCCAACUGCAUUGUUCUGGCCCUGGAGCAGCACCUCCCUGAUGGGGACAAGACUCCCAUGUCUGAACGACUGGAUGACACGGAGCCUUACUUCAUCGGGAUCUUUUGCUUCGAGGCGGGCAUCAAGAUCAUAGCCCUGGGCUUUGUUUUCCACAAGGGCUCCUACCUACGGAAUGGCUGGAAUGUCAUGGACUUCGUGGUGGUCCUCACGGGGAUUCUCGCCACAGCUGGAACUGACUUUGACCUGCGCACCCUGAGGGCUGUGCGUGUGCUUAGGCCCCUGAAGCUGGUGUCUGGAAUUCCAAGCUUGCAGGUGGUACUCAAGUCCAUCAUGAAGGCCAUGGUCCCGCUGCUGCAGAUCGGGCUGCUGCUCUUCUUUGCCAUCCUCAUGUUUGCCAUCAUCGGCCUUGAAUUCUAUAUGGGCAAAUUCCAUAAGGCCUGCUUCCCCAACAGCACAGAUGCAGAGCCCGUGGGUGACUUUCCUUGUGGCAAGGACCCCCCUGCUCGUCAGUGUGAGGGUGACACCGAAUGCCGGGAGUACUGGCCAGGACCCAACUUUGGCAUUACUAAUUUUGACAACAUCUUGUUUGCCAUCUUGACAGUGUUCCAGUGUAUCACCAUGGAGGGCUGGACUGACAUCCUCUACAAUACCAACGAUGCGGCUGGCAACACAUGGAACUGGCUGUACUUCAUUCCUCUCAUCAUCAUUGGCUCCUUCUUCAUGCUCAACCUGGUGCUGGGUGUGCUUUCAGGAGAGUUUGCCAAGGAGCGAGAACGAGUGGAGAACCGCCGUGCCUUCCUGAAGCUCCGUCGGCAGCAGCAGAUUGAGCGAGAACUGAAUGGGUACUUGGAGUGGAUCUUCAAGGCAGAGGAAGUCAUGUUGGCAGAGGAGGACAAGAAUGCAGAAGAGAGGUCCCCUUUGGAUGUGUUGAAGAGAGCUGCCACCAAGAAGAGCCGAAAUGACCUCAUCCACGCAGAAGAGGGGGAGGACCGGUUUGUAGACCUCUGUGCUGUGGGGUCUCCUUUUGCUCGGGCCAGCCUCAAGAGUGGGAAGACGGAGAGCUCGUCGUACUUCCGGAGGAAAGAGAAGAUGUUCCGGUUCUUUAUCCGGCGUAUGGUGAAAGCACAGAGCUUCUACUGGGUGGUACUGUGUGUGGUGGCCCUGAACACGCUGUGUGUGGCCAUGGUGCACUAUAAUCAGCCUCAGCGGCUCACCACUGCACUGUACUUUGCAGAGUUUGUUUUCCUGGGUCUCUUUCUCACAGAGAUGUCCCUGAAGAUGUAUGGCCUAGGGCCUAGAAGUUACUUCAGGUCUUCCUUCAACUGCUUUGACUUUGGGGUGAUCGUGGGGAGCAUCUUUGAAGUCGUCUGGGCUGCCAUCAAGCCAGGAACCUCCUUUGGAAUCAGUGUGCUGCGGGCUCUCCGAUUGCUGAGGAUAUUCAAAGUCACCAAGUACUGGAACUCCCUGAGGAACCUGGUGGUUUCCCUCCUCAACUCCAUGAAGUCCAUCAUCAGCCUUCUCUUCCUGCUUUUCCUCUUCAUUGUGGUCUUCGCCCUGUUGGGGAUGCAGCUGUUUGGGGGACAGUUCAACUUUCAAGAUGAGACUCCAACCACUAAUUUUGAUACCUUCCCGGCUGCCAUCCUCACUGUCUUUCAGAUCCUGACAGGAGAGGACUGGAAUGCAGUGAUGUAUCAUGGGAUCGAGUCACAAGGUGGAGUCAGCAAAGGCAUGUUUUCUUCCUUUUACUUCAUCGUCCUGACACUGUUUGGAAACUACACCCUGCUGAACGUUUUCUUGGCCAUUGCUGUGGACAACCUUGCCAAUGCCCAGGAGUUGACCAAGGAUGAAGAGGAGAUGGAAGAAGCUGCCAAUCAGAAACUUGCUCUUCAGAAGGCCAAAGAAGUAGCUGAAGUCAGUCCCAUGUCUGCUGCCAACAUCUCCAUUGCUGCCAGGCAGCAGAACUCGGCCAAGGCGCGCUCAGUAUGGGAGCAGCGGGCCAGUCAGCUAAGGCUCCAGAACCUGCGUGCCAGCUGUGAGGCACUGUACAGCGAGAUGGACCCUGAGGAGCGCCUGCGUUAUGCCAGCACGCGCCACGUGAGGCCAGACAUGAAGACACACAUGGACCGACCCCUAGUGGUGGAGCCUGGUCGGGAUGGCUUGCGGGGACCCGUCGGGAACAAGUCAAAGCCUGAAUGCACGGAGGCCACCGAAAGCGCGGACCCACCACGCCGGCACCACCGGCAUCGUGAUAGGGACAAGACCUCAGCCACAGCCCCUGCUGGAGGCGAACAGGACAGGACAGACUGCCCAAAGGCCGAAAGCACGGAGACCGGGGCGCGGGAGGAGCGUGUGCGCCCUCGUCGAAGUCACAGCAAGGAGGCUCCAGGGGCUGACACGCAAGCGCGCUGUGAGCGCAGUAGGCAUCACCACAGGCGCGGAUCCCCAGAAGAGGCCACUGAACGGGAGCCUCGGCGCCACCGUGCCCACCGGCAUGCACAGGACACAAGCAAGGAGGGCACUGCGCCGGUGCUUGUACCCAAGGGCGAGAGACGCGCAAGACAUCGAGGCCCGCGCACGGGUCCCCGUGAGGCGGAGAACAGCGAGGAACCCGCACGCAGGCACCGUGCAAGGCAUAAGGUGCCACCAACACUUGAGCCCCCAGAGAGGGAGGCUGCAGAGAAGGAGAGCAACGUGGUGGAUGGGGAUAAGGAAACCCGAAAUCACCAGCCCAAGGAACCUCACUGUGACCUGGAGGCCAUUGCAGUUACAGGUGUGGGCCCUCUGCACAUGCUGCCCAGCACCUGUCUGCAGAAAGUGGAUGAACAACCAGAGGAUGCAGACAACCAGCGUAAUGUCACCCGGAUGGGCAGUCAGCCCUCAGACCCCAGCACCACUGUGCAUGUCCCAGUGACACUGACAGGCCCUCCUGGGGAGACCACUGUAGUUCCCAGUGAGCUCUGUGCCCUUGUAGGUAACAUGGACCUGGAAGGCCAAGCAGAGGGCAAGAAGGAGGCAGAAGCUGAGGAUGUGCUGAGAAGAGGCCCCCGGCCCAUCGUUCCCUACAGCUCCAUGUUCUGUCUCAGCCCCACCAACCUGCUUCGUCGCUUCUGCCAUUACAUUGUGACCAUGCAGUACUUUGAGAUGGUAAUUCUCGUGGUCAUUGCCUUGAGCAGCAUUGCCCUGGCUGCUGAGGACCCUGUGCAGACCGAUUCCUUCCGGAACAAUGCUUUAAAGUACAUGGAUUACAUCUUUACAGGAGUCUUCACCUUUGAAAUGGUCAUAAAGAUGAUAGACUUGGGCCUGCUGCUGCAUCCUGGGGCCUACUUCCGGGACCUGUGGAACAUUCUGGACUUCAUUGUUGUCAGUGGAGCCCUAGUGGCAUUUGCAUUCUCGAGCUUCAUGGGAGGAUCCAAAGGGAAAGACAUCAAUACCAUCAAGUCUCUGAGAGUCCUGCGUGUCCUGAGGCCCCUCAAGACCAUCAAGCGGCUGCCUAAGCUCAAGGCUGUGUUUGACUGUGUGGUGAACUCCCUGAAGAACGUCCUGAACAUCCUGAUUGUCUACAUGCUCUUCAUGUUCAUCUUUGCCGUCAUUGCGGUCCAGCUCUUCAAAGGGAAGUUCUUUUAUUGCACUGAUGAAUCCAAGGAGCUGGAGAGGGACUGCCGGGGUCAGUAUUUGGAUUAUGAGAAGGAAGAAGUAGAAGCCCAGCCAAGGCAGUGGAAGAAAUAUGACUUCCACUAUGACAAUGUGCUCUGGGCCUUGUUGACGCUGUUCACGGUGUCCACAGGAGAGGGGUGGCCCAUGGUGCUGAAACACUCUGUGGACGCCACCUAUGAGGAGCAGGGGCCAAGCCCCGGGUUUCGGAUGGAGCUUUCCAUUUUCUAUGUGGUCUACUUUGUGGUCUUCCCUUUUUUCUUUGUCAACAUCUUUGUGGCCUUGAUCAUUAUCACCUUCCAGGAACAGGGGGACAAGGUGAUGUCUGAAUGCAGCCUGGAAAAGAAUGAGAGGGCUUGCAUCGACUUUGCCAUCAGCGCCAAGCCCCUGACACGCUACAUGCCUCAAAACAAGCAGUCGUUCCAGUAUAAGACGUGGACAUUUGUGGUCUCUCCACCCUUUGAGUACUUCAUCAUGGCCAUGAUAGCCCUCAACACAGUGGUGCUGAUGAUGAAGUUCUACGAUGCGCCCUAUGAGUACGAGCUGAUGCUGAAGUGCCUGAACAUCGUCUUCACGUCCAUGUUCUCUAUGGAAUGCAUAUUGAAGAUCAUCGCCUUUGGGGUGCUGAACUACUUCAGAGAUGCCUGGAAUGUCUUUGACUUUGUCACCGUUUUGGGAAGUAUUACUGAUAUUUUAGUAACAGAGAUUGCGAACAACUUCAUCAAUCUGAGCUUCCUCCGUCUCUUCCGGGCAGCACGGCUGAUCAAGCUGCUUCGCCAGGGCUACACCAUUCGCAUCCUGCUCUGGACGUUUGUCCAGUCCUUUAAGGCGCUGCCCUACGUGUGCCUCCUCAUCGCCAUGCUGUUCUUUAUCUACGCCAUCAUCGGCAUGCAGGUUUUUGGAAACAUUGCCCUUGAUGAUGACACCAGUAUCAACCGACACAACAACUUCCGGACAUUUCUGCAAGCCUUAAUGCUGUUGUUCAGGAGUGCCACUGGGGAGGCCUGGCAUGAGAUCAUGCUGUCUUGUCUGGGCAACCGGGCGUGCGACCCAAAUGCCAACGCCAAUAAAUGUGGAAGCGACUUUGCCUAUUUCUAUUUUGUCUCCUUCAUCUUCCUCUGUUCCUUCCUGAUGUUGAACCUCUUUGUUGCUGUGAUCAUGGACAAUUUUGAGUACCUCACGCGGGACUCUUCCAUCCUAGGGCCUCACCACCUAGAUGAAUUCAUUCGAGUCUGGGCUGAAUACGACCCAGCUGCGUGUGGGCGCAUCAGUUACAAUGACAUGUUUGAGAUGCUGAAACACAUGUCCCCACCUCUGGGGUUGGGGAAGAAAUGCCCGGCUCGAGUUGCAUACAAGCGCCUGGUUCGCAUGAACAUGCCCAUAUCCAAUGAGGACAUGACGGUACACUUUACAUCCACCCUGAUGGCCCUCAUCCGGACAGCACUGGAGAUCAAGCUUGCCCCAGCGGGAACAAAGCAGCACCAGUGUGAUGCUGAGCUGAGAAAGGAGAUAUCUUCUGUGUGGGCUAAUCUGCCCCAGAAGACUCUGGACUUACUGGUACCACCCCACAAACCUGAUGAGAUGACAGUGGGGAAGGUAUAUGCGGCUCUCAUGAUAUUUGACUUCUACAAACAGAACAAAACCACCAGAGAUCAGACUCACCCAGCUCCUGGAGGCCUAUCGCAGAUGGGUCCUGUUUCUCUGUUCCACCCUCUGAAGGCCACCCUGGAGCAGACACAGCCCGCUGUGCUCCGAGGAGCUCGGGUUUUCCUUCGGCAAAAGAGUGCAACUUCCCUCAGCAAUGGAGGUGCCAUACAAACUCAGGAAAGUGGCAUCAAGGAGUCGCUGUCCUGGGGCACGCAGAGGACCCAGGAUGCACUUUAUGAGGCCAGAGCACCUCUAGAACGUGGCCACUCUGCAGAGAUCCCUGUGGGGCAGCCAGGAACACUGGCUGUGGAUGUCCAGAUGCAGAACAUGACAUUGAAAGGACCUGAUGAGGAGCCCCAGCCUGGGCUGGAGAGCCAAGGCCGAGCAGCCUCUAUGCCACGCCUGGCGGCAGAAACACAGCCGGCCCCAAAUGCCAGCCCCAUGAAGCGCUCCAUCUCCACACUGGCUCCACGCCCGCAUGGGACACAGCUUUGCAACACAGUCCUGGACCGGCCUCCUCCUAGCCAGGGGUCACAUCACCACCACCACCGCUGCCACCGGCGCAGGGACAAGAAGCAAAGGUCCCUGGAAAAGGGGCCCAGCCUGUCUGUUGACACAGAAGGCGCACCAAGCACUGCUGUAGGAUCUGGCCUGCCCCAUGGAGAAGGGUCCACGGGCUGCCGGCGGGACCGGAAGCAGGAGCGAGGCCGGUCCCAGGAGCGGAGGCAGCCUUCGUCCUCUUCUUCAGAGAAGCAGCGCUUCUAUUCCUGUGACCGCUUUGGGAGCCGGGAGCCCCCACAACCUAAGCCCUCCCUCAGUAGCCACCCCACAUCACCAACAGCGGCACUAGAGCCAGGACCCCACCCACAGGGCAGUGGUUCCGUUAAUGGGAGCCCCUUGAUGUCAACAUCUGGUGCUAGCACCCCAGGCCGAGGUGGGCGGAGGCAGCUCCCCCAGACUCCCCUGACCCCACGCCCCAGCAUUACCUACAAGACCGCCAAUUCCUCGCCUGUCCACUUUGCUGAGGGUCAGAGUGGCCUUCCAGCCUUCUCCCCUGGCCGUCUCAGCCGCGGCCUUUCUGAACACAACGCCCUGCUCCAGAAAGAGCCCCUGAGCCAGCCUCUAGCUCCUGGCUCCCGCAUUGGCUCUGACCCUUACCUAGGGCAGCGUCUGGACAGUGAGGCCUCAGCCCACACCCUGCCUGAGGAUACACUCACCUUUGAAGAGGCAGUGGCCACCAACUCUGGCCGUUCCUCCAGGACUUCCUAUGUGUCCUCCCUCACUUCCCAGUCUCACCCUCUCCGUCGUGUACCCAAUGGCUACCACUGCACUUUGGGACUCAGCACCGGCGUCCGGGCUCGGCACAGCUACCACCACCCAGACCAGGAUCACUGGUGCUAGCUGCACCACGACCACCCACGCACCAGCUCCAUGGGUGCGGGUUCCAGUUGAUGAGUUUUAUCAUCCGCUCUGGGCUGUGGGGUCACAGCCCUGGGAGGAGGGCCCUCACAUCGUGGCCUCUGUGGUGGAGGCUCCUGCUUCUCUCCCUCCCUCCCUUUUACACUGGAUAGACUAAUAAAGCCCUUUCUUAGAGGGAUAUGGUUCUCUCUAUCCUCCUGUGUACUGCCUUCCUGGGUUCCAUGCCAGAUGUUGGAUCCUAAGCAGGAGGUAGCUGAGUUGAGAUGGACCCAGCAAAUCCAAAUCCUAUGUCAUGGCCUCCAGCAUCCAGGGUGGGUCCUUGGGACUUUCUUAGGAGGUCUGAGCCUCAUGGAGAGUGUGGUUUGUCCAAAUGUGUGGCAUGGGGGAUAGGGUAUCCCUGAAAGCAAGGAAAGGAGCUCAACUGUGGCCUGGCAGCACCUGCCAGCGUCAGUAAUCUCCCAUCUGUUGUGGUCUUCGAGUCAAAUAGCACAUGUAUGCAGAGAUGCACUCAAGGGCCUGCCUUUCACCUACAUUGUCUUCAUAAUAGGGACCAAAUCUGGAGGAUGUCCUUGCUGUUGAUUCUGGUUUUCAGUCACAACACUUUCACUGUUUGUCAUUUCUAUAUAGUUGACCUAGAAAAACAAAUCAAAACAGGGAAGGAAAUGUUUGUGUAACUUUUAAAAAAAGUCAACAUGUAGGAAGGUCUCCAUUUUGCAUUGUUUCAGUGACUUGUGUGCAAUGUACCUGUAUGUGUUCUACCCUGCCUGGGAUGUCCUCAAUGACCCUGGCUCCUCUGCUCAACCAAGUGCCUGAUCUCUGGUUCUGAGCAUCGUGGAUGAGGUACAGCCUCAGGAAGCAUUGGGUGGGUUGGGUGAAUGCUGCUCAGAGCAGCACUGGGCCUUGUGUCUUAGGGACACUGACAGCGUCCAGCAGCAUGUCAGAGAAGCAGCUGUAGUGCCCAUGUUUCUCCCUGAGUGAUGGGUUCUGAAGAAGCCAGAGCAGCGCAAUGUGUGCUCGCAUGAGGCACUGUUAGCCUUUUAAAUCUGAUUCUCAGGGAUGGGAUGCCUGCCAAGUAGGGUAUGGUUUCUGUUGUGUUUUUAAAAAAACAACAACAACAACAACAAAAACAAAACAAACCUAGUGUUCACUGGAUGCUGAAGAGCGCAAAACGCUAGCAAAGAAGGGGCUGGGGUUAGAGGAAGAAGCCUGCACUGGCAGCACAACUAGAAACUGGCAGGGAGGAACUAGCUCUGGAACAGGCUAGGUGUCUAGAGCUGAGUCAGAUCCCUGGCCCAGCACUGGGGAGGCAACAGUCAAAUAAAACCUCAUGGCUACUUUGCAAAGGGAAAACCCAUGUUCAGGAAAGUGCUGAGUGUGCACAGAUGGCUGGGAGGCUAGGAGAGAAAGGUUGCACAUAGACAGGCAGGCACUCCUUGGUGUGUUCUCUGUGUUUUGAAACUUCUGAUGACUUCUUAGUGGAUUGUUGGUUUCUACCCCAUGUUUCUCACAGAAGCGGUGUGUGUGAUUGCAUGUGUGUGUUAGCG